CCAAGCGGCAGAUCAGGCGUUCACCCGGUUCUAAAAACAGGACUGCUAAAACGCAUCUUACGUCGAAACGUUGUUAACAUUUCCGUGAACUUGGUUUCUCAAACUUUAGAGGGUUUUUGGAUUCAUAGAUCUGGAGGCAGAGAACUGUUUCUCUAUCCUUCCAAAUGGAAAGGGGAAUUAAGAGAUGGGUAGUAAAUAUAUCUCAAUGGAAUCCAACCCAAUAUGAAUUUUCUUUCAUUCUCUCAAUCCUUCCUUUACAUGAACACUCCUCCAUAACAAGGUAUGUUAAAUUCGAAGAUAGAAAACGAGCAAUUGUCAGUAGGUUGCUUCAAUAUGCUCUUGUACACGAAGUAUUUAAAGUCCCGUUUGAUGAGAUAAGAAUAAAGCGCACGAUUGAAGGCAAACCUUAUUUGGAAACUGAUGGGGAAAACAUGGAAUUUCCUAAUUUCAAUUUCAACGUGUCACAUCAUGGGGACUACGUAGCUAUAGCGUCUGAGCCUCAAUCUAAUGUUGGAAUAGAUAUGGUUUCACUUGUUAUCCCCAAGCGAGAAACGGCUCUCAAAUUCAUCAAGAACUUUUCAUCAUAUCUUACAACUUUUGAAUGGGAUAAUAUCGUCAACGCUGGCACUUGCAGUGAAAUAUUGGAGGAGUUUUACAGAUACUGGUGUGUUAAGGAGGCCUUUGUCAAAGCUACGGGGGAUGGACUAGGGUUUAAGUUAGAUAGGUUGGAGUUUCAUCAUACAAAUUGGACAAACAUAUUUGUCAAGAUUGAUGGCGAAAUAUCAAGAGAAUGGACAUUUUUAAUUUCUGAGCUGCCAAAGAGUCAUUGGUCUUGGAAAUUACAGGUAUGUGUUGCUAAGGGCCAUCCAAAGAGUGAUAUCAAGAAUAACACGAAGACACUACAGUUAACUGAGUUGUUAGGAGAACAAGAGAAUCCUUCGAGUAUGCCGCACCCAAGCUUCGUGCUGCUCAGUGUAGAGGAACUCUUACCUGUCUCCUUCAGAGUAAGUUAAGGUAUAUCUACUGUAAAUAGGAAGAAAUGUAUCACUGAAACUGUAUAUAUGUUCAACCCGAGCUCACCACAUCCCUAAUGUACAACACUUCUCAAAUCCUUCUUCGGGAUACUCUUUGUUGUUCAAGAUGUGAAGUAAGUUGGAGCAGUUCAUCAUAGACUGUUGUUCAAGUUGUGAAGUAAGUUGGUUCAUCAUAGACGAAUGGUUUGAUGAAAAAAAGUGUGAGCCUUUUUAUUAAGAGAAAUGAAAAGCGCAGUGUCGUAGUGUUCAGGUUUAUCCUCCUAUAUUGGUAUGUCUGGCUCAGUUCUGCUUGUAUUUUUUCGUCUCUUGUUUCGACUUUAGAAGGAUUAUAAAAAGAAGAAUGUUACUAAAA